CUCUUUUACAUAGAACACGCAUUCUCUCUCCCUCUCCUAUAAAUACGGACGCCUUGCGUAUUUUUCUUCCCGUUUCGGUGACGGAACCAAGCAAAUCACAAUGGGCAAGAAGAAGAACAAGAACAACAGCCAGAAUGCAAACGAGAAGGAGAAGGAGAACCCUCCGGUGACAACGGUGAUUUUUAAGCUGGUGCUGCACUGCCUGGGGUGCAUUGACAAGAUUAAGAAGACUGUUGAGAAGGCCAAAGGUGCCCAGAGCUUGGAGAUUGAUAGACAGAAAGAACUGAUGAGAGUGAAGGGUACUAUGGAUGCGAAGGCCCUAGCUCAAAGCCUGAGGAAGAAACUUAAGAGGCAAGUGGAUAUCGUGCUACUAAAGGAGGAGAAAGAAGGGGAGGAGGGCGAGAAGAAGGAUGGUGAUGGCGGCGGUGGUGGGAAGAAGGUUGGAGGUGGAGGAGACGGUGGGCAGGAAGAAGCUAAUGCCAAAGUUGAUCAAGGGAAUAAAAUAAUUAUGGCACCACCCGGGUACGGGAAUAUUGUGUGUGGGAAUGGAUACGGGUACCCCCCUUAUGUGCAUGUGCAUUUGCAUGGGCAUGGGUAUGGGUAUGGGAAUGGGAAUGGAUACGGGUACCCCCCGAAUGGGCAUGGGUAUGGGUAUGGGUAUGGGCAUGGAGGGUUUGUGGGGGAGCACUUGCAUGCCCCGCAAAUGUUCAGCGACGAAAGCCCCAAUGCUUGCUCUAUCAUGUGAAGGAAUUGUUUGGAAGUUGGGAGAUUAUCGUAGAUGAUCAAAGAGAAAUGUCAAUAAAGAGAUAAGCAGAAUAGUACGUACGGGUGGUUUGAAGGCUCGACCCAAAUGGUCUGGCCCGGUUGUUGGACGUACUGGUGGGUGAGGUCCGUGAGGAGUGAAUUGGUAUUUUCUUUUUGUUUAGUCCCAAUAGCUAGUUGGAUACUUGCUUGAAUAUUCGGGAUAUGUUUUUGUUGUUAAUCGGUCAUAUAAUUGAUUUAUAUAUAUAUAUAAUCGAUUCUGAAUA